CGGAGUUAUAGUCGUGUUUGCUGCCUUUCGCCGAAUGUUGAUGAUCCGCCUUUCCACUUCUUUUUGCCUGCCGAUGUUGAUCUUGUGUGAACAAAACCCUGAUGAGCCCCGUGUCCUCCUGUCUCCCUCCUAGUUACACACACACACACACAUUUAUUCUAUUGUUCUCUUUCACUAGCUGCGGUGCCACAGAUUACACUUUUUGAGGGGAAACUGGGCUGGAUAUCCCUGGAUUGAACACCCUCGAUACGACGGAUAGACCCAACGCAUCAAUACGACUAGAGAAAGAGAGAGAGCGCUACGAAUAAACGACGGCGGUGACCUUGAUUCUUCUUCUCCUCGUCAACACGCGCGAACCAGCCGCUGCAUUUGUUGUAUCCCAUCGAAUGAGAAACGAAUAAAUCACAACAACAAAAAAAAAGAGAAAGUCGUCGAUAUACUUUACUCUCAACAACCUUUCCUCUCAAGCAGGGAAGCGGGCAGCACGACGCCAUCUACCUUGCACAACACGUGAGGAUUUCGCAAUUCGGGACGAGGAUUAUCAACAAAUAAAAAACCAUGGCCGACAAGGACGUCGAGUCCGGCAAGCCGACGCCCAUCAAUCACUUUCGACAAGUCCUGGACCAAAGUGGCAUCACUCCAGAUGUUGAGAAAUGGCAAUACGAUGGUUCGGGAACAGAAGAUGAUCCAUACGUGGUCGUGUGGAUAGACAAUGAUCCGAGAAAUCCCAUGUUGUAUGGCGAGAUCAAGAAAUGGAGUUUGACAAUGCUGGUCGCGUUGGCGACGCUCGCGGUUGCGUUUGUGUCGAGCGCUUAUUCGGGCGGUACCAGGGAAAUCAUCGCCGAGUUUGGAUGUAGUCAGGAAGUUGCUACACUUGGUGUAUCGUUGUUUGUGUUGGGAUUCGCAAUUGGACCUUUGCUAUGGGCACCCAUGUCCGAAUUGUUCGGGAGACAGUACCUGUUCUUCGGCACUUACGCAGGCCUGACUGCUUUCAAUGCUGGUGCAGCCGGCUCGCAAAACAUCUGGACUCUCAUCAUUCAACGCUUCCUCGCUGGCGCCAUCGGAUCCAGCCCUCUCACCAACGCGGGAGGUGUGAUUGCAGACAUGUUCGCAUCCCGAGAGCGAGGUCUCGCCAUGUCCUUGUUCGCAGCAGCGCCAUUCAUGGGUCCUGUCAUUGGUCCCAUUGUCGGUGGCUUCGUGGGCCAGACCGUGGGCUGGCGAUGGGUGCAAGGCGUCAUGGCCAUCUUCACCGGCGUCCUCUGGAUCGCUGGUACCAUUCUCCUGCCCGAGACGUACCCUCCUGUGAUUCUGCGCAAGAGAGCGCAGAAACUGAGUAAGAUGACGGGGAAAGUGUACAAGAGCAAAGGCGAAAUACAGAAUGGAAGCACAUCGAUUGCCGAGGUCUUCAAGACUUCGCUGUCCAGACCGUGGAUCCUCCUCUUCAAGGAGCCCAUUGUGUUGCUGCUAUCCAUCUACAUGGCCAUCAUCUAUGGUACGCUGUACAUGUGCUUUGGCGCAUUCCCCAUCGUCUACCAGCAAGGUCGUGGCUGGUCCCCUGGCAUUGGCGGACUGGCCUUCCUGGGCGUGGCAGUGGGCAUGUUGCUUGCAGUGGGAUAUGCCAUCUGGGACAACAAACGAUAUGUGGGAAUCUCGGACAAGCACAAAGGCUUUGCGCCUCCCGAAGCUCGUCUUCCCUUGUGUAUGGUCGGCUCGAUUGCAGUUCCUAUUGGGCUUUUCUGGUUCGCAUGGACCAACUACCCUUCCAUCCACUGGAUCGUCUCCAUCAUGGCCGGAGCUCCCUUUGGCUUCGGCAUGGUCUUGAUUUUCCUCGGAAUCAUGAACUACCUCAUCGACGCCUACACCAUCUUCGCCGCCUCGGUCCUCGCCGCCAACUCCGUCCUUCGAUCCCUCUUCGGAGCAGCUUUCCCCCUCUUCACCCGCCAAAUGUACGCCAACCUUGGAAUCCACUGGGCCAGUUCCGUCCCGGCCUUUCUCGCCCUCGCAUGCGUACCUUUUCCCUUUCUCUUUUACAAAUACGGUGCCAAAGUCCGCGUUAAUUGUAAAUAUGCCGCGCAAUCCGAUAAAUUCAUGCGCGACAUGGCUGGUCAACAGAGUAAAUCCGGUGGCUCCUCUUCUGCCUCUUCAGAUGAUGAAGCUGAAGUAGACGAAGCAGAAGGAGGAAAACAAAUGCCUCAAAUCGAAAAAAUGAAAGAAGCAGGAGGAGGAGGAGGCGAAGGUUACGACACAACAGAAACUUCCACUGACCUCGAAAAAUCCGACUUUUCUUCUUCGGAACAAAAACCACAAAAACAAAAAACCGCUCCAUCAUCCCGCCCCAUCGAAGAAGUCGAAGAUCCCCUCCCUCGUCGCGAAUCCCUCAUUUCCUCUUCCUCCGCCACCACCGAAGACGACAACGAACGAGACGAACCCACUUUCGCCCCCAUCACUUCUACACGUUCUCGCACGAGAAUUCCAGCAGCAGGAGGAACCACAUACUAUAAUGGUAAUCCCUUUGAUCUAGAUCGUGUGAAUACUCGAGAAUCAUUCAAGAAUUCUGCGACGAAAGAUGCGAAAGAUGCGAAAGAAGGGAAAGAAAGAAGUCGAAGUAAUAGUCUUGUUGGAGGGAUGACGACGACGAGAAGUCGGGGAACUUCGAGAGCUGGAUCGAUGGGUUCUAGAAAGUCGAAGAAGGGGUGAAUACCGUGAAAAUUGAGUUGAGUGGACAAUAUUUAGGGAAGAGGAAAUGUGGGGAUGGAGAAUGAAUGAAUUGGGCGGGGGUUUUUCGGGUUUCUGUUUAGCGAGGAGUUUUGAACUAGAUCUACCUGUAGGUGGAAGAGAAGAGAAGAGAAGAAAUAAGAAUUUAGUAAUUGGAAUAGGAUGGAAUAGGAUGGAAUAGAGUGGGGUAUGGCAUGGAUGAUGGAUGGCAGGCAUGGAUGGAUGGCAGGCAUGGAUGUGCAUGACAGCAGAGAGAACAAGACUUGUAACAGUAAUCGUGUGACGAUACGGCAGAUUUUGAUACCAAGACGAAAAGAAAGCUACGAACGGGCACGACAAUGAAAAUCAGGCAUUGUAUGUAUGCUCAAAGUUCAAUAUGUCAAUAGGAG